ACUACUUCUCCUGUCGUUCUCAGGUCUCUCAUGUCUAUUAUCCGGAAGAAGCCCUUGGUGACGGCCGCCGCAGUGAAGCAGGGGAGUGCGACGCAGGGGGACAGCGGAAAUGUGGGCAACCUGAAGCAGCAGGCCGUGGAUGAGAUGAUGGACCGUAUCAAGAAGGGCGUCCACCUGAGGCCGGUGCAGCAGACCACGCGAGUCAAGCCACAGGUGACCCCUCCAGAGCCCCCCAUGGCCUCAGCGGCGCCCCCUACUACAAGUGUGGAAGACGCCUCAGUGGUGAAGUCUCACAGCGCGGUUCAGGAGCUACGGGGGAUUCUGGAUUCCUUUGGCUCCGCCCCCAGCAAGAAGAGACUUGGCGCCAUGGCAACAGCCUCCACGGAAAGUGAACUGGAAAGAAUUUUACGGCGCCGCAAAGUGACAUCUGAACAAGACUCAUCCGCAGGGACCCUCAGCGCCCUCGAAUCCAAAUCGCUGCCCGUCCUGGGUUCCGCCAUCAGCCAGAAGCCCCGGGUCCCAGAUAGCGGAGAUGGAGGGGGUGCCGAGGAGGGGCAGCCGCUGCUCUUGGACAAGCGGCUCCAGACGAAGAUGGCGUCUCGCUUUGCAGAGACUUUGGGAUAUGCAGGAGAUGGAAAGAAACCAGACCAGACACAAAGUUCUUUGAACCUUCGGCCCCCAGAAGUAGGCGACAAAGGCACCGCCAAGAACGUGGACCCUGGCGCCAAGAGAGGAAAGGAUGUGGAUAGUUCUCAGUGCUAGUACCGACAGAGGCCCCUGCGGCCUCCAGCCUCUGAGCCCUCCCAGGACCACUGAUGACCUCACAAGCACAAUACACUAUAUGCAGCCGGACCCCGGUAGACAGGCUCUGGGAUUUGUGUGGGCCGCAUGGUAGGAGCGUGUGUCCUCCACUAGUCAGAAGUCGCCUCAAUAUCAGCGGCAAAUUUACUAAACCGGUGGCAGCUGAGGAGCGAUGUAUAACCCGGCGGAGAAACUGCACAAUGAAUCCGGCCGAUUCCCAGGUGGUUUUAUAGCGCACCUUAGCCUGUGCUCGCGGUCUUCCCGUUUUCCGCAUAGCGGUGCUUUUUAUAUUAUUUUUUUUACAGCAGCCCCACCAGUGGUUUCCAGUAAGAACCAGUUGUGGGGAGUUUUAUGUUUUCUCUGCGCAGUCAUGUACAGCGGGCUUGGCGGCCAUCUCCCAGAGGCGCUCGGUGUCAGGCUGCACCAGCUAAAGUGACUGCAAUAACAUCCUGAUGGUAUUGAUUGGUCACAAGACUAAAGCUAAGGGCAGCGCUUGAGAGAUUGGCGCUGACGAACCCGUGCACCGGGGACGCCGCAGGAUUUUACUAAAUGCACAUUUUUUUAUUAGUGAAGAGUCAGCUGAUAUUGGGGGGGAUGGGGGGCACGUCUUCUGGGCCCCUGCGUCACUUUAAUGUGCGGGCCCCGUGACUGACGACAAUGGGGUCUCAGGAGCCGAUUCUUUAUCUCAAACUGAGGACUGGAAAUUCUAACUGAUGAUUAUAACGCUGAUUCUGUCCUGGCCCCGCCCCCUAGUGAGUGUAUAAUGACUACCCCUCCCCCACAUUAUGGCCGUGCCCCUGUAUUCACUGUCACAGUCUGGGGAUUUCUACAUUGGGGCCGUCCUGACAACUAUGCUCCAAACUUCCAUCUUCUCAGGUGUUUGGUGUCAGUCAUGUACCUAACUGCAUCCUGGGAGAUGGCCCCAUCACUGGCGGGAUCACAUUACACCUGGAAUUUUUACCGCUUUUGUGAAUGAGGCCCCUGAUUGUUCUCCAGGUCAAGGGCUGAUGUCGCCUUCAUCUCCAGUAACAUUCGUCAUGGCUGGUGCCAUCCAUGAGAAUACACAGUCUGCUCUACCUGCGCUGCAGCACACAUCACCUGCAUGGGUGCCCGCCUCUAGGGGUGACCUGCCACGGGUGUCGCUGGCUGUCGGCCUCUAUAGGGGAGACCUGGCGCGGCUGUCUGCCUCUAGGGGAGACCUGGCGCGGCUGUCUGCCUCUAGGGGAGACCUGGCGCGGCUGUCUGCCUCUAGGGGAGACCUGGCGCGGCUGUCUGCCUCUAGGGGAGACCUGGCGCG